AUGCUCCUACCACUCGCGUUGGCUUGCCUCGCCCCAGCAGCCUCCGUCACGGCCUUCGUCUCCGGAAGCUCUUGUCCACCCUCAGAGCUUUCGGUGCGCCUCCCCCCCUUCCUCGAUCCAGCGGUCAACGGCACCGGAAACGCUACCUCUGGUUGCAACGCGCCCGUCUCUAAGUUCGUGGCCCCUCCUACCGGCUUCUUCGCCGGCACUUGGUCCAUCCGCAACACUUCCGGAACGUCCUACCUCACCUACGGCAACUUGCAAUGGGACCUCACUCCUGCCAUCGCCACCUGCGAGAAGAACAACACGGCCGACUGCACUCAGGGAACUCUGGCGGGAGAACUCAACGAAAUCACGACCUGGACCCCGGCCGACAACAAGACAGCCCGCAACGGCGCCAUCGGCGGCGGUGGUCGUGAGGUGGCCUCCGUCCGAGCCUACAACACCCCUCGUCGGUUGAACUUUCCCGCUCUGAACUCGGACUGGGAUGCCGUCUUUGACAACACGAUCUUAGAAGGUCCCGGGAAGGGCUUCAUGCAGUCUUGGUCCGUCGUCUACUGGGGAGUGGACGUGGAGAAACUGCCUUUCAUGGUUGUGCACGAGACCCCCCCGAUGUUUCCCAACGGCGAUAUCGGUGGUACUGCUAUUCAUGCGAUUAGCAUCAACCGAAAUGGGCCGGAUCAUGAUUCCUUGUCAGCCGUGCUGGAGGCCUUGAUGAACCUGGGCAAUGCCGAGUUGACUCGUGACAUCGAGAAGAUGGCUGCGACUAAAUGGGAUGAUGCUUUGAAGGGUGGGCCUGCUAUCUGUGGUCCUGGGUGCAUGAAGAACGAGUUGAAGAAGUAG